GAGGGAGAGGGCGGGUCGUCCACCUCAUCGCUGUCCCCGCCAGUGGGCGGUGGUGGGCUGGUGUCGGAGGCCGCGCUGCCCUCCGCCCACCUCACCUACACGGAGGAGGAGCUGUCGCUGCUGGCGGGAGAGGCGCUGCCGGAGAUGGAGACCAUUGAACUGGAGGUCACCAAGGAUCACCACGGUCUCGGGGUCACCAUCGCUGGCUACGUCUGUGAGAAGGAGGAGCUGUCCGGCAUCUUCGUCAAGUCCAUCAACAUCGGAAGUGCUGCCGACAGGACCGGACUCAUCCAGGUCAACGACCAGAUUGUACAGGUUGAUGGCCAGUCUCUCUCCGGGCUGAGUAACCACGCCGCUGUGGACGUGCUGCGGGCCACGGGCCAGGUGGUCCGGCUCCGGCUGGCCCGCUACCUUAGGGGCCCCAAGUACGAACAGCUCCAGCAGGCCAUCGCGAACUCCGAACUCAAGACCACACCCACCACCCCGAACCCUCCCAGAGCGCCGCUCGGUGAGCUUCCAAGCAGCGAGGCCAUACGAUCGGCUCUUGGGGAACUAGAAGUGAGUGGAGAGGACUUGCUCAUCGAGGCCAUCAACCCAGCACUCUCCCUGCCUACCACCUCCACUACAAUUAUCGCCGACGUGCCUACCUACCCCUCCAUCUCCAGCCAGUCUCUGCAGCCUCCUGCUCUCUCUGCUGGCAUUACCUCCUCUUAUGCGACCACCACCAAUGUGCCUCAGCUCUCAUCCGCCAUUCCUCAGCUCUCAUCUGAUCUCCCUCCAUUGUCCUCUGGCAUUAAUUCUGAUGUUCGCCUUGAAGAUAUUGAGCUGAUGAUAGACAGCGACUAUUCUGGAGACCUUCGGCCCUCUGUGGAAAAUGCUAUUGACAGAAAAUGGUCAAGGAUUGUUGGACCUGAAUUCGAGAUUGUGGUUGCCCAGUUAAGCAAGUUUGAAGAAGGUGGCGGACUUGGCAUCAGUUUGGAAGGAACGGUGGAUGUGGAAGGUGGGAGGGAAGUUCGUCCUCACCAUUACAUCCGUUCCAUCCUGCCUGAUGGCCCUGUUGGAAAGAACGGACGCUUGUGCAGUGGUGACGAGCUUCUUGAGGUUAAUGGGCAGAAGUUACUUGGGCUGAACCAUGUGGAAGUUGUUGGCAUCCUAAAGGAGCUCCCUCGAUACGUGCGUCUAGUUUGUGGUCGUCGGGCUCCAGGAGCGCCCCCACCUCUACACCCUAUUGAUGCACCCACAGCAGAUCGUGAUGCCUUCGCUGCUAGGAAUAUCCUUGGGGGUUCUCUACAAAACCUUAUCCCGGGAUCAGAACGUCUAGUAAAAGCCAAAUCUGAUGGGUCUCUAGCCUCUUCAGCAACAGCAGCCACCAAUGACACUUCUUUCAAUCGUAUGAAGAGUCGUAGCUUGGAACCUCUAACUGGCCUUGCAAUGUGGAGUUCAGAGUGCCAAGUCAUAGAACUCACAAAAGGAGACAGGGGACUAGGCUUCUCAAUUCUUGACUAUCAGGAUCCGCUAAAUCCUCAAGAAACUGUUAUUGUGAUACGUUCAUUAGUUCCUGGGGGAGUAGCUGAAAAGGAUGGCCGUCUGAUUCCCGGUGACCGUCUGGUUGCUGUUAAUGGCACCAAUCUUGAAAAUGCAACUCUAGAUCAAGCUGUGGCAGCCCUCAAGGGAGCUCCUAAGGGCAUUGUGUCAAUUGCCGUUGCCAAACCAAUCAGCGUUCUGGAGUCAACUGGCCAGGUGAGUAGUGCCAUGGGUCCUGUAGAGGGUAAUGAUGGCAACAGUUCGCAAACAAUGAUUGAGAAUUCAGGGUUGCUUGGAGUGUCUCCAGGAAGUUCUGCACUUGUCAAAUCUGAGAGCUUCUAAGGCAUGUUCCUGCUGGACCGUUUUAGUUAAUCCUUGCUUAUUUAGACCGUGACCAAAAAUAAUGAUUGAAGUCUUCCUGAUUCUUCGUGAAUUGUAGCAUAAUAAUUUUGGGAUUCUCAUUGGCACAUACUGUUGAGCUUUUGUAUAAUAUUCACAAAGAGACGUAAUUAACAAGGAUUAACUCACUGCGGGGGGCCUUAACAUUUUGAUGUUAAUGGAAAGGACCACAGUUGGUACAAGCGUAAAAGUCAUUCAUCAUAUUGUAUUUUGGCAAUGAAAUAAUAUGAGUGUAACUAAUGGGGGUCUUUUUGGAGAUGGUCCAUCAUGUGCCCUCUCUGUUUUUGCAUUGCUUUUCUUCUUUAAAUUUAAUACCCAGUCUGUUUAUUUGUGAUCGGUUGGUUUUAUGUUGUGGUUGGGCAAAGUCUUGAUUGUUUCAUAUGUCUAUCAUGAGCUGACAGCAAAGCCUAUGGCUGUUAUGGGCUGAAGCUAUAGCCUAUGACUGUCAAAAGUGGAAGUCAUAUGGCUGUCAAAAGUGGAAGUCACAUGGCUGCCAAAAUCAUAAGUCAUAUGGCUGUUAAAAAUGCCAGCCAUAUGCAUAAGGCAUAGACAUCUGCUAAUGCCUUGAUUAGGUAUUUGUGACUCAAAGUUUACAUACCAGCUAUUAUUUACUCACUAAUGUCUCUUUAAAUCGUGCUUAUUAUUUGCGCUCCGUACUGGAUGGCUUGGCACUCACAAUUGUUAUCUGCUUAAUAUAUGACACUCACAAUUAAACCAUAAGCUUUUGAAAUGAUAUUUGUGUUUUUAAAUAGGAAAUUGACUCCUAGUUUACUUUGGAAUUGAGGGAUUAUUAUUUUUAACACAAAUAUUGGAUGCAUAUACACAUGCAUGUGUGCACACAUCCAUACACACACACAUACACGCACACGCACACACGCGCACACGCACACGUGCAUAGAAUCAUGCACACACAGACCAACAGUGAGUGGUAGUGUCCACAGUAGUAAACUUGAGGAGGUUGGGUGCACUGUAUAACUACAGGAAAUGUUACCACUACAGUAGUUACGGUAAAACGCUUCAGAAAGAUGGAUACUUCAAGCAUAGCUUUCUUAAUGUAGACAAAUCCUAACAAAUGAAUAAUAACACACAUACUCGGUACCAUACAUACUGGACACGCAUUCACACAUGUUGUAUAUCCAUGCACAUACUUUACUGCUUUCAUAUAUGUUUAAAAUAUCAUUUUCUUAUGAUUUAAAUACAAUUCUUUUAUACUAGAAGGAAUAUUUAAUAGAUAAUUUUCAGACAGGAGGAAUUAGAGGAUCACGGACAAAAUGCUAAUAAAGACACUCUUGCCCAAACCAGAGUAAUAAGCAGCUAGGAUUUUUGACAAAUUAGUUACUAACACUUGGCUCUAUAAUAAAUGCAGAGGCAACUAAAAAAAUUCUGACCUAAAUUCUAUAUUGUAGAAUACUGAAAAAUCCAGAAAGAUUUUGCUACUGGCACCAACAUUUUUGUAUUUCUAGGGUUUCUGUAAUAUUAAGGUCCGAGUUUUCGAGGUUCUUCUGCAUAUAAUUCGUGUGUGACAUGUAGGUAAUACAGGUGGGGGUAUGGAAGUUACUUCAGCUAUCUUAUAAUACCUGAACAUCUUGGCUAUCUUGCGUACACUCACAUUCACACGAGCUUUUAUAGAAACACUCAUGCCUAUACACUCGCAUCUCAAAACUAUAAAACAGGUGUACUGUAUAUGGAAAUACAUUAAAUUUCUUUGUUUUUAUUUUUUAUUUUUAUUUUUUAUUUUUUUACAUUAGUUUUACAGUAUGCUAUUCAGUCUUCUUUUGAGUGCAUCCUAUUUUUUCAAAAUGUUUAAAUUUGCAUUGGGAAAUUGAUUGAAAAAUUUCAUAUGAUCCAUGGAUAACACUUCUGUACUUUUGAACAUAAAUCAUUCAAUAUUAUUUUUGUGAUAACUAGAUAAUUAAAAAAAAUUAAUAUGAAAAUUAAAAAAAAAAAUAAAAACUCACAUUUCUUCCAUCAUUAUGAAUUUUAAUUAUCAUGUGGGUUUUUCUUUUUUAUUGACGCCACUGAAAUUGCGGGCAGGUUUGAAACUCGGUAAUUAAAUAAAAGUAUGAAGUCUGAGACUGUCAUAAAUAAGCAUUAAGAACUUGUGCUUAUGUCUGUAUGAAGGCCAAUAAAAUUCAGACCAAAUUUCAGCUUGCAAAGAAUUUUGUAUUGCAAUUAAAUGGUUUAGACAGAUGUAGCUGGUAUGUAUUACAUUAGAAAGGUCCAGGUGGAAUCAUCAGAUAGGGGUAUGGUUUGAAUUGCUGUGAUUUGCUCUUAUCUGGAUCCGUUCUGCCGUUUUUUAUUGCAAGUGCAGCACCGUAGUCAAUACACUUGAUUUGAUAGAUUGAACCAGCAUAUUGAUAUUAGAGGCUGGUGAGUCAGUGUAAAAAAUUAAUACAGUUAGCUAUGCAUAAAAUACUGAACAUCUGGUUAAUGAGUUAAUUUGGAUUUCAGUAUUUACCUACCUGCUAAAUAAUUGAUAUGACUGAGAUGUCACUUUUUCUUGAAAAACAAUGGUUAGUAUGGAAAUUGUUUGAGUAAGUGUAAGUUUGUGUGUGCAGCCUGCUCUGGAAGUAAGUCCAAUGGAACUAUGGGUCCAAUAUCUGACCAUGAUAAAUUACCUAUUUGAUUGCAUUUGUAUAUAUUGCACUAGAAGACCAUAUAAGUUUAUAAGGCCAAGCAUGGUACUGGAAACCUUUGUAUUCUGUCUUUAGAAAUUGUUUGUGUCCUUUUGUAGCCCUUUCUCUAGUUUUUUUGCUUUUGGAUUUACUGUAUACUUCCCUCUCAGUCUGGCUGCAUGUGUGAAGGUGUUAAUUGAACAGGUUACAAGAACUUAUGCAAUAAGAAUUAUUCCUAUUGAAAUCUGAUUACUUAAUGACAUGUUCUCGGUUACUACAUCCACCACCUGAGAGGACCAUAUGGAGCGGAAUGUUUCUUUCUCGAUAACUAUUGGGUGCAGCGGAGGACUUAUUUCUUCAUUUAUUUUUUUAGAUUUGGUAAACAAUAGCAUAUAUUGAUGCUCCGUAUCAUGUUGAAUUGUAUUUAUUCUUCACAAUGUGUUCACAUUUGAAUUGUAAGUAGAUAUUCUUGAAUUGAGAUAUUCUAUAUAAUUACAUAAAGAUAUUUUGAUACUGUAAUGUGCAUGAAUUGAGUCAUAAGGUAAGUUUUAUCCUUGCUUAACAAAUUUUAUUAUUGUGCAUCCAAAAAUCAUUUAUGGAAUCUCGUUAGUAUGAAUGAAAAUUUAUCCAGUGUGAAUCUUACUGGAUGUGCGAAUUACUUGCCCCUAGGAAUUAAUCAGAAUGUUGUCCAUUUAUUGUUUUGUGUAAAUGAAGAGUUGUCUAUUAAAUAAUGAAGGACUUAAGUCCUAUGUCCUUUGGCAUGUUAUGUUCUCAAUACAAAAAAUAUGAUUAUUAUUGGGGAAAAAUCUGAUUAUAAACAUUUCAAAAUUUUUUACGUUCUGCUCUGUACGAAACUGUUGCUUGACUGAUUAUACUGUUGAUUAAUAAAUUUGUAAAAUA